GGUUCCCAGGCUGUUUCACAACCGCUUGUGAUCGGGAGUCCCAUAAGGCGGCGCACAAUUGUCCUGGUUAGGGGAGGGUUUGCCCGGAGGGUAGGCCGUCAUUGUAAAUAAGAAUUUGUUCUUAACUCACUCGCCUACUUAAAUAAAAAAAGAAAAAAAAAAAAAUGUCCAGUUGGUGUCGGCAAUACAGCUUUUUGGGUUGUAAGUCCGCCAUAAAACCCAUAGAAGACGAAGUAGAAGAAUAUAUUAGUCAUGUCACCGCCCACUUCAGUCAUAUGACCGCGGUGUUUAGGUUUUCGGUGAGGAAGUGAUUGCUGUUUAUUGCGCUACAGUUUUGCAAAAUUUGGCUCUGAUGCCAUAGUAGCAUAGCUUUCUUCGUCAAAGAACGGCCGAGAGAAUAAUGAACAGUAUGGUCACAAGGGCUGGUUUGAUGGGAGUACGAAGCUGGAUCGCAUUACUUGUUUCAGUUCUAUCGCCAAGUCUAUGCACCUCUUUUGGCCAGAUUGACCCCCUGGUCUAUGAUGAGCAGUUGCUGUGGGUGAGAGGCGGGGCAGGAGAGGUGGACACUUACCGGAUCCCACUGCUCUCCUUCACCCCCAAGGGCAGUCUGCUGGCCUUCGCUGAGGCCCGGAAGAAGUCCGCCUGUGACGUGGGGGCCAAGUUCCUUGCCAUGCGACGGUCCACAGACCGAGGUGCCACGUGGUCUCCCACCACCUUCAUAGUAAACGAUGGCGUCCUGGCUGACGGACUGAACCUCGGUUCAGUGGUGGUGGAUGAGGAGACUGGCUCUGUUCUACUGAUCUACUCUCUGUGCUUCCACCAGUACCAGUGUGACCCCGCCAGUAUAAUGCUGGUGGAGAGCAUGGACGACGGACUCAGCUGGAGACCACCAAGGAACCUCUCGGUCCAGCUGGGGGUCAAGAACUUCGUCCCUGGGCCCGGCUUCGGCAUUCAGAAGCACUACCCUCCUGCUAAGGGGCGUCUGGUGGUGUGUGGACAUGGCACCCUGGAGGGUGACGGGGUCUUCUGCAUUUUGAGUGACGAUCACGGACGAAACUGGAGGAAUGGUGCCGCGCUGAAGAGCAUCCCCUACAACCAGCCCAAAAAAGCCCUGGACUUCAACCCAGAUGAGUGCCAGCCUGUAGAGAUGGAGGACGGUAGCAUCGUCAUCAACGUGCGCAACCAGAACAACUACCACUGCCGCUGCCGCAUGGUGGUGCGCAGCCUGGACGGGGGCGAGACGCUACCCUUGGAGCAGCUGUUGUUUGACUCCACCCUGAUAGACCCUGUGGUAGCGGCAGGGGCGCUGCAGAAGGAAGGCGUGAUGUACUUCACCAACCCAGCUGACAGUACUCACAGGGUCAACCUAACCCUGCGCUGGUCUCUGACCAAUGGCACGUCGUGGGAGAAGAAGGCCGUCCAGAUCUGGGCGGGGCCAAGCGGCUACUCCUGUAUGACAUCACUUACGAGCGGCAGGGCGGAGGACAGGAAGUUCAUCUUCGUCAUCUACGAGAAAGGCCACAAGGACUACUAUGAGACCAUCUCCUUUGCCAAGAUCCACCUCUAUGGUGGACUGUAGUAGAAUAAGGCUGGGGGGGGUGGGUACUUGGUAGAGUCUGCUUCUAACCACUGGUCCAUGGUCAGGGUCCGUAUUCUCAAAGCCUCUCGGAAUGCUGAACUAGGAUACAUUUGGACUUUUAGAUCAUAAUGAAUUAGAUGACAUAGACGGGGGACCUGAUCCUAGAUCAGCACUCCUACUCUGAGAUGCUUUUUAAAUUUUUGUAUAUAAUCCCAAAUAUUUUUAUCCGCUUAAUAAUAGUUAUGGUUAGGAUGGGAAUUGGUGAAUUUCAUCUGUGGUUAGGGUAUUUCAUCUGGUUAGGGUAUUUAAUCUGUGGUUAGUGUAUUUCAUCUGGUUAGGGUAUUUAAUCUGUGGUUAGGGGGAGGAAGGGGGACUCAUUGGACUUUGCAACACAACUUUAUUUUGAUAGGUGAAGGGAGACAUGGAGAAAUACAAACUACUGCUGUUGUAUGGCACCAAGAAUGACAGGUUUGUGCCAUUUUAUCUUUAGGUGGCUUUUAAAUACAUCAUGAUUUUAUUAAUUAGGGCAAAACGUAGCAAACCUCUUUCGCAACGGAAAAUGGACAUUUGCUUUUCUUAUUGGACAAGUUCAGGUAGCUCCUCCCUGUUUUAGUCUGUUUUCCUCAAUUUGGUGCCUAAUGUACAUUUAUUAGAAUGGCCCAAUCACAGGUACCCCGUCCUUUAAUGAAGCUAUGAUAGUCUGUAAUGAUUGGUGGUAUGUUGGUGUACUCUUCCUGACUGGGCCUCCCAUAGCUGAGAGAGGAAGAAAUCCCUCACCUACAUCUUUUAUUUUGUGAUGUGGGGAAGGAAAAAGGUUUGGGUGGGGUAUGCGUCUUCAAGCCAUAGAAAUAUUUGGACAGACUUACUAAGCAUUUGCAACUGUGCUAUUUCCAUAGGGCAAAAAAAUUGAACAAAGAGUAAAAAUAUAGCUUUAGAGGAGGACAUUUUAACGCCUAGUAAAUCUAGCUCCCAUGCAUCACAGCCCGGAACAGAAUGGUUUCACUUUCAGAAUGGAUCUUGCCAACUUUUGGCAUGAGAGAAGACCGUAUGAUGAGACAAUAGUUUGAGGGAAUUGGACUUGUAAAUGAUUGACUUGUGUCAGAAUAGCACAUGCACAUUUUGAAUCCAUUAUUAUUUAUUUUUUCUUGAGCCAGGGAUGUUAUUGAAAUCCCCCUUGUUGUGCUAUCAGUUGAACGUUUAUUACAUCUUUUGCGGCAGCGUAGCCUAGUGGUUAGAGCGUUGGACUAGUAACCGGAAGGUUGCAAGUUCAAACCCCGAGCUGACAAGGUACAAAUCUGUCGUUCUGUCCCUGAACAGGCAGUUAACCCACUAGGCCGUCAUUGAAAAUAAGAUAUUGUUCUUAACUGACUUGCCUAGUUAAAUAAAGGUCAACAUUUUUUUUUAUUUAAAUGUGAUUGUGUCACUCCCCUUGACAAUUUACCUCCGGUUUCUAUAGCAUAUUUGAUCAGUCUCAUCUAGCUAGCACACUUCUGUCCACAGCAGUUGUAGUUGUUUCUCUCAGCUCACCUUGCUGAACCUAGCUGUGAAGCCGACAUACUGGUAUGCAAUAGAUUCCUUGUUUAGUGGUAAGAGGCUGCACCUGGUUAAAUGCACACAAGGAUUUGGUUGGUAGUUCACUGAAAAUGAUUUUGAUGAGAAACUCUUGCCUUGUAUUGAAAAAUCUGGAUGCUUGGCAACUCAUUGUGUCAAGAAGUUUAACUGCCACAUGUUAUGGUCUUUAAGUCCACUUGAUUUUGUAUUUUAUUUAGCAUAUAUUCUUCUUUUAUUGUAAGACUACAUAUCUUACGAAGUUUAUUAUCCUUCCUUUCCUGAAAAUUUGUAACUUCAAUAGAAUGCUUUCAAUUCACGUUUUUAAGCUAAGAUUUGUGGUUUUAACAUUUCAGAUGUUUUCUGAUCAAGACAUUGAAUUCCAAUAUAAAUAGUGAUUAAGGGAGGUGUGAUGUGUGUCUGAGUACAAAUAUGAUAUUCUGUAUGUACGUUUGGAUAUUGUACUGAUGUUUUUCCAAUUAGUGGUAAUAGAUCAGAACUGGGCUGCCUGUGUAAGAGCAGCCAUUGAACUACAGUAUGUGGAAACAUAUGUAUCAGUUCAUAAACCAUGGAAUGGGUACAUCAAAUCUUUUCCCAACUAUUUUGCAGUCUAUAUGGCACGGAUGUCAAGUUUUUUUUCUACUUAAAUUAAACUGGUAUACUUUUUUAUUCAUCCAAAUUUUCUUUAACCAAUUUUGAUAUUUAAUGCAGGGCCAUCUUUCACUUGCCUCUUCAAUUUUGAGUAGAGCAGACAUUUCCAUAUAUUUUUGUUAGCCGCCUGUGUGACAACUCCUCCGGUCCUAUUUAUGAUAUAAUUUAUAAAGAUUAUACCAUUAUUUUUUUUAAUCAAUUAUUAUAUUUGAGUUUAACCAUAAUAUUUGUUCUGUCUUUUCUGGUGGAUUAAACUGAAAUUGCAACCAA